AUGCGUGCAUCAAUUAUCUACCUUAAAAAAUCCCUCCUCCCUUUCUCCUCAUCUCUGCAGGCACUGGACUGGGCGCACACACACAGCAUCCGCGUUAUAGUGUGCUUGCAUGCAGCCCCCGGGUCGCAGAACGGGUGGGAGCACAGCGCGAGUCGAGACGGCAUUCCCAUGUGGGGCAAGCCUGGCACGCCCUACAUGGAUGAGACGGUCGACGCCGUCCGCUUCCUCGUGCAGCGGUACGCCUCACACCCAGCGUUUGCAGGGCUAGAGCCAAUCAACGAGCCGAGGGCCGACGCAGUGUCAUUCGACGACCUCGCACGCUACUACGAGCGGUGCUAUGCGGUGCUGAGGGAGCACUCGCCCUCCGCCUACUUUGUCAUUUCUGGAAGAAUCUUUGCUAACGAGAGAGAGUGGGAUGACUUUAUGACAAGUGCGCAGUACACGAAUGUGAUCUACGACGCGCACUGGUAUCAGGUGCACGACCAUGCGGAGUUUGGGUCCCAGUCAGUGGACUUCAAUCUGCAGUACCCCUCGAAGCAGCGCGCUGCUGCUCUCAGCCUGCUGGAACGAGGCCAGCGACUCGUGUUCGUGGAUUCGGAGGUUCUUCAACAGGAGAAACCGCAACAGCAACUGCAGCAGCAGCAGCUGCAGCAACAACAGCAGCAGCAGCAGCGGCUGGAGCAACGGCUUUCACAUGACCCGACGAAAGGCACCAAGCCAGCCAUUUCAGCAUCUCAACGUCUCGCGGAGAACGCCAAUCGGCUGCACGAUCUUCUCCUGCAGCUCUCCACAGCCCAGACCCUUGACGAGAAAGACGCAAUCCUGAGCGCCGACCCGCGGGUGCGCGCCGUCUUCCCCCAGCAAGGCUCCUCCCUUGGAAAAUUCGUCAAGCCUGCUGUUUCGAUGGCUUUGGAUUGUUGCACUGCGGAGGAGAUUUACCUGAUCAAGUGCCUGGUGGCUUCCGGGCAAGGGCAUUUGCUGGACACUCCGGUUGCCUGGGCUGAAGGGCUGGACUCGAUCUGGGAAAAGGCACAUUACCAGAGCAGUGCCAAGGCGGGGUCAGGAGGAGUGAAGGGAGCCUUUUCCAUGCUCGCCUCCAUGAUCGACGGCUGGGACACGCAGCUAGACACCCCGCGUUCUGCGCUCCCCGCACUCCUCGCGGGAUUCGACAACCCGAGCGUGUUCCCCGCUCCGCUUAUGGACCUCAUCGACUGGGAGGACCGCCGAUCGGCGCACGGCCCUUCAGAUGCUACCAGUGGAAAUGCAGCUAGCUCUGGAGGGAAAGGUGAAGCGGAGCCGUUGUCGCUGUCGUCGACGCUGUUCGCGCAGCUGAAGGAAGGGCUGGAGUAUCCGAGCGUGUUCGGCGCUCCGCUGUUGGACCUGGUAGAUUGGGAGCGGCAGUGGCACUCAGAUGAUGACCUGGCUAGUGAUCCGGAGUUUGCCUCCCAGGCAGCGUUUUGGGGCCUUGAGGGGCUGCCUGCAAUGGCGGAGAUCUACCCCUUGGGGGGGGCGGGGGACAGGCUAGGACUGGUGGACGAGGCAACAGGCGAGAGCCUGCCAGUGGCGAUGCUGCCGUACUGCGGCCGCACGCUGCUGCACGGGCUACUGAGAGACCUGGAGGCACGGGAGUAUCUGCAUUUGCGCGUGUUUGGCGAGCAGCACGUGACGCCAGUGGCCAUCAUGACCAGCGCAGCCAAGAAGAACCACCAGAGGGUGCUGGCUCUCCUGCAGCAGCACAACUGGUUUGGGCGCGGCGAGCACAACUUCCGGCUCUUUCAACAGCCGCUGGUGCCAACAGUGGCAGCAGAGGAUGGCAGGUGGCUGGCCAUCGGCCCUCUCUCGCCCGUGCUCAAGCCAGGCGGCCACGGAGUCAUCUGGAAGCUCGCAGCCGACGAGGGCGUGUUUGACUGGCUGCGCUCCAAGGGCCGCAAGGCAGCAGUCAUCAGGCAGAUCAGCAAUCCUUUGGCAGCAACUGACAUGACUCUCCUGGCGCUCUCUGGCGUUGGUCUGCAUGGCAACAAGAAAUUUGGCUUUGCCUCCUGUGACCGCAACGUGGGCACAGCAGAGGGCGUGAACGUGCUCGCAGAGCAGCAGCAGGCAAACUCUUUACCCUCCUUCUCCUCUCCCUCCUCCUUCCCCAACCCCUAUUUCACAGAUAUUUGGCUUUGCAUCGUGCGAUCGCAAUGUGGGCACAGCGGAGGGUGUGAAUGUGCUAGCAGAGCAGCAGCAGGCGGACCCAUCCCUCCUCUACCUCCUUUCUCCUCCCCUCUCUCUGCCACACAGAAAUUCGGGUUUGCAUCGUGCGAUCGCAAUGUUGGCACAGCGGAGGGCGUGAACGUGCUGGCAGAGCAGCAGCAGGCGGACGGGUCGUGGGCGUACGGGCUGACAUGCAUCGAGUACACCGAGUUUGAGAAGCUCGGCAUCAGCGACGCGCCUGUGGCUCCUGGAAGCAGCAAGUCGAAAUACCCCGCCAACACCAACGUUCUCUUUGCCGAUCUGCACGCUGUGGAAGCAGCUGUUCUUGGGGUGACUGCUGGUGAGGCUGGUGAAGGGGAGGAGCAGCAGCGUCAGCAGCAGCAAGAGCAGCAGCAGCCGUGCUACUGCUAUGGGCACACUCAGAGCAUCCGAGGAGGCCGCCUGGAAUGCACGAUGCAGAACAUAGCGGAUCUCCUCGUCACCUCCCUCCCAUACCGCCUGCCUCUCGACACCGACACUACUGCUGCCGCCUCUUCAGUUUCUCCAACUCACAAUAAUGAAGCCACUGUUCAGGAGGGCAGGGAGGGGAGGGGUGGAGCACAGGUGCAGGGCGAACGGGGUUCUAUGGUGGACAGUGGGGCAGGGGAAGAAGACAAUGCAGCAGAGGAGAGCAAGAGACAGGUGCAAGCGGUGCUGGACACGUUUCUGGUGUACAACGACCGCCGCAAAGUCACCUCCUCCGCCAAGCGCCGGCGCAAGCCAACAGACACGUCGCUCCAUCAGGUAUGGCUGGAUUCAGGCAGUGGGGCAGAGGGUAGUGAGGCAGUGGGGCUGUGGGACAGACAGAGCACAGCAAGCAUCAGCUACAGGCGGUGCUGGAUACACGGCUCCUUCCUGGAUCUGAACCGCAACUCGCUGGAGCUCUUUUCCUCCUGUGGUGUUGCCAUGCCACAUAUGCACAGCGAUCACAAGCGCUACGUGGACUCAUCUCCACCGUUCAUCUUCCUCUUCCAUCCUGCCCUCGGGCCACUUUGGAGCAUCAUCCGGCAAAAGGUGCAGGGGGGCUCUGUGGCGCCGCACUCUGAAGUGAAGCUUGAGAUUGCUGAGCUUGCGUGGUCUGACGUGCAUGUAUCUGGAAGCUUGUUGAUCGAAGCCGAUGCAGUCACAGGCUCUCUGGACCCCCAACUCGGUACCACACAGCUAGGCCAAGGCUGUGGUCGGUGCCAGUUACACAACGUGACGGUUACCAACAGGGGAGUCGACUGGGAUAACGGGGCAAACGUUUACUGGCAGGACCGGGUGCAGAGGAAGGAGGCGUUGAGAGUGGUGCUGCGCGGUGAUGCGGAGUUCGAGGCGAGGGACGUGGCGAUUGUGGGCGAUCAUGUGUUUGACGUACCAGAGGGGCACCGCAUGGUCGUGUUUGCGUCAGAUACAGGAGCCAUGCAAACAAGGCUGGAGAAGCUUCCUGGCAGGAGGCCUACCUGGGAGUGGCAGUACUCUGUGGGCGACCAUGGUUCGCUCCAGCUCACCCUCGUUGAGAAGCCUUAG